AUGAACUCUGUAGUUCAUGGUGAGUUCCAUGGAGGUAUUGCUAAUGUUGCUGCUCUCUCAGUUGAUAAUGAGAACAAGAAAACAGAGUCUGUGUCAUUACCUAUGCAACAAAACCCCACUCAAAGUCCUAAUCCCUUUAAUGUUCCCAAUUUUAGUUCUACCUUCUUUGGACCCAACCAAAACAAGGCCAAUUAUCCCCUGCCUCAAAAUCAAAUCUAUAAUCAGCAGUUUCAUGGAGGUAAUUUUGGUAACAGAGGAAGAAGCAGAGGGGGUGGCAGAGGCAAAUUCAUCUACCAAGUUUGUGGAAAAACAGGUCAUUUAGCCUUGAAUUGUUACCACCGGUUUGAUGUGAACUUUACAGGACAUAACACCUCAAUUAGAAGCAACUUUCACUCUCCUAGUUUCACUAGACAACCCUCAUUCAACUCUGAAAUUGGGAGUUCCGGAAUUGGAAAUUCUAGAACUGGAAGUUCCUAUUAUCCAGUGGGCAAUCAUGGUGUUCAUCACUAUGUGAAUAAUCACCACUCAAGAACUUCAGGAAUGUCUCAAACACCUAGAUCCACAGUUGGACAUGUUGAUGGUCAACCAAACUCAGUUGCUACCCAUACUACUACUCAUCUACACAAUCAGGCUUUGAUGGCUCAAACACAGCUCCACAACUCUCAUCUUGUAGCCAUAAACUACAUUGCCACACCUUCCAUAGUACAUGAUGAUGCAUGGUACAUGGACUCUGGAGCUACAGACCAUGUCACUUCUGAUUUCUCCCAACUCACAGGAAGCACCAGCUAUGCAGGCAGUGAACAACUUCAGGUUGGCAAUGGUGAGCUUCUCUUUAUUUCUGAUAUUGGUUCUGCUGAUUUAAACUGUCCAUUUAGAACUCUGCAUCUUAGGAAUGUCUUGUGUGUCCCUCACAUUACAAAAAACUUUCUUAGUGUUUCUAAACUGACUAAAGAUAAUCUUGUCAAUGUUGAGUUUUUUAUUGAUUCUUGUGUGGUUAAGGACAAGUUCUCCAAAGUAAUCAUUCUCAAAGGAAUGCUUAAAGAUGGAUUAUACCAACGUCAAGCUCCAGGUCACUCAUUACCUACCUCUGCAGAAGAGUUGGAACAUUCUGUUCAACUUCAACAUAAAAGUAGUCCAGUCUUUUCAACAAAUAAGUCACGUAAUAAGUCUUGUAGCACCUCUUUUCCUGCAAAAAUGUUGCCUACACCACUGAUGUCAGAACAUGCUUUCAAUAGUUGUAAAUCUGCCUGUGUUGAUUUUGUUAAUCAAAACUGCAUGCAAUACACUGGACCACUUGUAUCCAACACUGUAAUCUGUACUGAUGAUGCACCUAUAAUCAAUAACACAAACUCUCUUCAAUCAUUUCCUGUUCAGUCAAAUAAUGUCAUGUUGUGGCACAACCGAUUAGGACAUCCUAAUUCCACCAUUCUUGCAAGAUCGAAUUUAUAUCUGUCAAAGUGUACAGAUUUUCCAUUUAAAACAUCUAAUUUUUCUGGUUCAAAUCCUGCAUCUAAUUCCAUAAACACUGAAUAUGUCUCUAGUUCAUCUAUUCCUUCAGUUUGGCAUAUACCUGAUUCUGUUUUCAGGAUGUCUUCCAAUCCUGUUUCAGCUCCACUUUUGUCUACUUGUCCUUCCACACUAGGUCAAUCAACCUCACAGGACAUUCCCUCUUCUAGCUCACCUCUUUUAUCACCUUCCCACUCUCCUAAAUCUCAUUUACCUCAGUCUUCAACCACCUCACAAUCCAGUCCAACAACUGUACUUAGUUUACCCUCUACUUCUCCUAACUCUACCUCAUUCACAUCAUCUAUUUUAUCACCUAUCACUAUAGGAUUAGAUGAGUCUUAUGACAUUGUUCCCCUUACUAUUGAACUAAAUCUACUCAAGCCUCCACCACCUACCCUGAAUACUCAUCCCAUGAUUACUAGGUCCAAAACCAGAGCACAUAAUACGUGUCUAGUUUCACCUAUUUCCCUUGCAACUAAAGAACCGGCUACAGUCAUAGAAGCUCUAUCACACCCUACCUGGAAGGCUGCCAUGCAAUCUGAAUUUGAUGUCCUGAUGUCUAAAAAAACUUGGGAAUUGGUACCUGCUACUACAGCAAAUGGGUAUUUCGAAUAA